AUGAACCUAUACACUUCCGCUGGAGGUUUGUUCGAGACCCAUGUUACUUGGGAGGACAUUGAGGAGGAUAUGCAGAGAGAGUUAGACACCGCUGCUUCAUUUGGGCCCAACAAAACUGCAAAGAGUAUCGGAGAUGGCAGGGGCUUCAUGUCUAGAAUUGUGCUCAUUGAUCCAGAUUGGCAGCACAAGGAUAAAGAUCUACCGGAAAAAUUUGUCGUUAAAAUUCUUACCCAAUUGACUCUAAACCAAUUUAUGGCAGAAAUGUCAAAGGAUACGGAUUUCGAUUCCAGCUACAUCAAUGAGGAGUACAUGGCAGCCCUUGAAUACCAACAGAAGCGUCUUCAUAAUACCGAGGUCACGGUCUACAAUCACAUAAUGAGCCUUCCUGAAGGAAAAAUUCCACGUGUAAAGAUCUAUUACAUGAGAAAAUUUUCCGAGUCCAAUCCGGUCAAAGGAUAUAUAAUUAUGGAGUACAAGGAUAAUAUCAAACCAGUCCAUAUUUAUCAGAAUGUCUCGAUAGAGGCUAUAAAAGAGGUACUUCGCGUGAAAGCGGUGCUAGAGGCAAAGUCUCUGAAGUUUACGGAAGAAGAAAAGGAAGUAUUCACUAAGAAACCUUUCAGCGAGAUUUUUGCACAAUUUUUCAACGGAAAUACAGCUGAAAACUUCGUCAAAGGGUUCGCACAGUUUGGUGAUGGAAAACUAGCGGAUAGAGCCGAGCGUUUAGAGAAAAUUUCGCCAGAUAUACUAGAUUUCGUUUGGGCCGAUCAACUGGCGGAUGAAUUAGGCAUGGAACGUGUGUUGUGUCAUGGCGAUUUGUGGACGACGAAUAUCCUCUGGAAAACGAAAGGAGACGAUGUUGGCGUCAUCUCCGUGAUCGAUUACCAGACCGCUCAUAUGGGGUGCCCAGCAAACGACCUCGUGCGACUGUUUUCGUCAUGUCUUAGCGGAAAAGAUCGAAGAGAACAUUGGAAGGAGCUUGUAGAAGUGUACUAUGAAUACGUGAAAGAGGAAGCUGACGGCAUCAAAAUGCCGUACACUCUCGAGCAGCUGGAAGAGUCAUACCGCCGAUUCAUGCCAUUAGGGGCUUUUAUGGUUGUCCCUGCGAUUGGACCUCUCUUUCAGCUGUUAGGCAAAAACUCCGACGAUGAGGAGAGUAAAAAGAAUAUGGUUGUCGCCAUGGAAAAAACAGAAUGCCUAUUGGACGACAUGCUUCAUUACCAUGAGCGUAAUUUGAAGCUGAAGACAGAAGGAAAGCUUUUGUAG